AUGACGAAAGGCUGCCCAGGAUGCAACAGGGAGAUUCGAGACCGUCAGGAUUACUGUAACUACGGCUGCCGCGAGAGGGCCUACUACGAGGGGAAACUGAGGAGGGAGCGCGAGCGUGCGCGCGAGAGGGAGAGGGACCUCGAGAGGGAACGCAACAGACAGCAGCCGGUAGUUGUCUUUAUGGAAUCUGGCGGCGGAGGGGGUAGCCAUAGAGGCGGGCAUGGAGAUUCGGGAGUUGCACGAUUCUGA